CAGCUGCAGAGACAAGUCUUUCUGUGAAGUCAUCUUGGACCACAAGACAGUGUCUAAAGUGUAGACACAGAGCACAGGAAGGAAAAAAGAGGAUGAGGGUAAUGGAUUAACUAGCAUCUACUGCUAUUCUACACUUUGAGGCACCAGAUGCUUCACCUUCAGCAAUGUCUUUGAAUGGAUUAUUUCUCCAGCAAAUAGAGGAAUAAAGAUAUUAUGGAAGAGUUACAAGAUGCGGAAUCGGAAGAGAACUGUCAGAUCCUGGAGGAAGGAGCAGAUUCACCUAUGGCAUCUGAAGAUAACAUUCAGUUUUUCAUUACUGUUGAUUCUAAGGUGCAGCAGGGGAGUGGUGAACUAGAGGAUUCUGGGUGUGUUUUGCUUCAUACGUCUCGAAAGUAUGUGAAACUGAUGAACUUUGAAGAGGAAAUUCGGGCCCAUAGGGACCUGGAUGCUUUUCUGACCUGUGCCAGCAUCCUGUUGGAUGAGACAGCUACCUCUCUUGAUGAUGUGUUGAAAAAGAUGCUGAGCCAUUUAUUUGAAGAUAGUGAUAUAAAAGAGCCAAGCUGCAAUAUUGAAAAUGUGAUGAGCGUGCUGUUUACAGAUGCUGCAGCCCCACAAGAAGUCAGUGUCCACCUCCUUUCUGAAACAAUUCAGGGAGUGACAGCGACGGCAAUGGGCAUCCAAUACCAGCAGUCCUGGCUGUGUAUCAUCUGCAAUGUCCGGAACAUCCAGAGAAGACAUGUGUGCAUUUCCAGGUUGGAGAGACCCCAAAACUGGGGUGAGAACUGUUGUGAAGUCCGUUACGUCAUUCUUGUCCUUGCUCCACACAAAAUGAAAAGCACAAAGACGGCAUUGGAGCUGGGCCGUACUUUUGCCACCAUGUUCUCAGAUAUUACGUUCCGACAAAAACUUCUGGAAACCAAAAGCACAGAAGAGUUUAAGGAGGCCCUAGUGUACCAACGACACCAACUGGCUUCAAAGCAUUGCCAACCAGCCAACGUGAUGAAAGAAGACAGAGAACCACACAAAGCCAAGCCAUUCAAGGGGCAGAGCAUCCUGCAGACAGGUAGAGGUAUUUCUGAAGAUCUCUUUCGAAGAUUGCCAUCUUACAUUUCCGACUUCACUGAUGGAAUUACUGGAAACAACAAGAGCAUUUCCAAAUAUAUCACAACAGCCAUCUUUCUGUACUUUGCUUGCCUACUACCUGCACUCGCUUUUGGUUCCCUCAAUGAUGAGACCACUGAAGGUGAAAUUGAUGUCCCAAAGACCAUAUUUGGACAAUGCAUCGGUGGGGUGAUUUACUCUCUCUUUUCUGGAUGCCCCCUCGCAAUUCCAUUGACUACUGCUCCAUUGGCUCUGUUUACUAGUGUUAUCAAGGGUAUUUCAGAUGACUACAAUCUCAACUUCCCUGCCUUCUAUGCUUGCAUCGGCCUAUGGAGCAGCCUAUUUCUCAUUUUUGGGGCUGUUUUCAACUUAAGUCUGCUGACAAAGCUCUUUAAACGGUCAACUGAGGAAGUCAUAGCCAUGUUUAUUUCUGUUACAUUUGUAUAUGAUGCAGUGAAGGGAACUACUAAAAUUUUUGACAGGUAUUAUACUGGAGCACAUCAAGGGAAGAUGAACAUCAGUAAUGCCACUGUACAGAUGACCUGCUCCUUUCAGAAUGCUAAUUGUUCAAGCCACUUCAAUUCUUCAGCUGAUCUAAAUUCAGAAGGGAUUGGUUCCCAGCUGCUUUGUAUGAGAGAGACUGCUGUUCUCAGUUUGCUGCUCAUGAUGGGCACAUUGUGGAUUGGAUACACACUCUAUCAGUUCAGAAAAAGUCCAUUUCUACAUGUUCAAAUUCGUGAGAUCCUGUCAGAUUGUGCACUACCCAUCUCUGUCCUGGUCUUCUCUUUUGUAGGAUCUUACUUCUUUUCCAGCAUCAAAGUUCCGGUAUUCAACUUCAGGCAAUCAAAGAAGAUAUUCACAAUACCUCCAUUCCACCUUCUUUCACCUUUGGACAUCAUCAGUGCCAUGGCUCUUGGGUUCCUUCUCUCACUGCUCAUCUUCAUAGAUCAGAAUAUUGUUUUGUCUCUUACCAAUGCUCCAGAAAACAGACUGCAGAAAGGGACAGCCUAUCACUGGGACCUAAUGUUGUCUGGUGUCAUCAAUGCUAUCAUGUCUGUGUUAAGAUUGCCAUGGAUGCAUGCCGCCUACCCCCAUUCCACACUGCAUGUACGACAGUUGGCUAUCGUCGAACAACGGGUAGAGCAAGGGCACCUUUAUGAGACCAUUGUGAGUGUGAAGGAGACUCGCCUGACUUCACUGGUGGCCAACAUUCUUUUGGGUUUGUCAAUAUUUCUUCUUCCAAAACCCCUCCAAUGGAUCCCAAAUCCUGUUCUCUAUGGCCUCUUUCUCUACAUUGCCCUUACCUCUAUUGAUGGCAACCAGCUUUGUGAACGUGUGGCACUUCUAUUGAAAGAGCAGACAUCCUAUCCUCCAGCACAUUACAUCCGAAAGGUUCCUCAACGGAAAAUUCACUAUUUCACUGGCAUACAGAUGCUUCAGUUGAUUAUUCUGUGUGGAUCUGGACUGUACCCUCUGCCCUAUAUGAAAAUGAUCUUCCCAUUGAUUAUGAUUCUUUUAAUUCCGAUAAGGAUCUACAUUCUUCCAAAAAUCAUAGAAUCGAAAUACCUGGAUGCAAUGGAUGCACAGCACAUGUGACUUUGAAGACUACUGAACCUUAUGGGAAAACCAAAGACACGCUUAUGUGAAAACUAAUCCUUCAGGGGAUGUGCUUUUGUCACUGAUUGCCUUAAAAGUGUUUUCUAAAGCUGCUGGGCCAAGUUUUUACA